ACAUCUGCAGCCAUGUCAUCUCAUUCUCUCCUGCUGGUUUUGCUGGUUCUCACCUGCCUUCAGAGCUUCACAACAGCUCACAACAAUCAGCCAACCCCAUGCUGUUUCAGUUACCAGAAGAAUCAACUUCUUGUGAAACGUAUUACAGGGUAUAAAGUCACAGGGCGUGCAUGCACAAAACCUGGAAUCAUCUUUGCCUUACAGAACGGCCGACGUGUGUGUGCAGACAGCAGUGUCGAGUGGGUGAAGAAACACAUGAAAACUGUUGACGAUCGACAAAAGCCCAGUCUCAAACAGCUGUUUGUUUCUUCUCCCCAUUAA